AUUGACAUGCUGUACCAAGUUUGGAUAUUUCUCCUCUAAACUGCAUCUCGACUGACAAACUGCAUAAAGGACAAAAUAUUCAACACUAUUGACUGUUGGAUGUAAACUCAUUCAUCUGGUUAUGGAGAACCUGUCGUCAACCACCAAUCGGUUUGUUAAUGCAAUGUACAGACAGCAUGGUAAGAGAUUCAUAUGGUAGAGUUUAAAAUACUGUUUUGAUAACAAGAUUAUGUGCUUUAAUUCUCUCUCUCUUUCUCUCAACACGCACACUUGAACUUGGACCAAGAUCAUGAGGUUGGUAGGGGGAACAGACGUGGUAGUCAACAAAUAGAUAUCGAGUUUAGCCAUUGAAGACUGUGAGGAUGCUGAACUGGCCUAUACCAUGAGAGACCUUCCCCCUAGACCCAGUCACACCUUCCCUGGACGUGAGAUGGACAGGGAGUCAGAUAGCAGCACCCUUUCCCAAACCCCAGGAUCGGCCAGUUUCGCAUGUCCCACGAACAGAAGUCUUCUCGACUCGGAGUCAGAGUUACCCCGCCGUGGUCAGCUCAGUUCAAUGAGUUCACUGGAGUCUCCACUGAGCCCCUCUCGACCAAAAAGUCCUUGGGCCAGAUUUGAUCCCUAUGAUUCUGCCGAGGAUCAAGAUAAGGAGUAUGUCGGCUUUGCCACGCUGCCUAACCAAGUGCAUAGAAAAUCGGUGAAAAAGGGGUUUGCAUUUACUCUUAUGGUGGCCGGUGAGUCUGGUUUAGGGAAAUCUACACUUGUCAACAGUCUCUUCCUCACAGACCUUUAUAAAGACCGAAAAAUGCUGAAUGCAGAGGAGCGAAUCGCACAGACAAUAGAGAUCACAAAACACACAGUGGCCAUUGAGGAGAAAGGAGUCAAGCUGAGACUCACCAUCGUGGACACGCCGGGCUUCGGUGAUGCUGUCAAUAACACAGAGAGCUGGAGGCCGGUUUUGGACUAUAUCGAUGAACAAUUCGAGCAAUAUUUUCGUGAUGAAAGCGGACUGAACCGGAAGAACAUUCAGGACAACCGGGUGCAUUGCUGUCUCUACUUCAUCUCACCUUUUGGUCACGGUCUUAGGCCGAUAGAUGUUGAAUUCAUGAAGGCUCUACAUGAGAAGGUCAACAUAGUGCCUGUGCUGGCCAAAGCAGACAGUCUGACUGCAGCGGAAGUCAUAAAAAUGAAAAUGAAGAUUCGUGAGGAUAUUGAGAGGUUUGACAUCAACAUAUAUCAGUUCCCUGAGUGUGACUCAGAUGAAGACGAGGAGUUAAAACAUCAGCACCAAGAACUAAAGGACUGUAUUCCAUUUACAGUGAUUGGCAGUAACAUUCAGGUUGAGAGCAAAGGCAGGCGCUUCAGGGGUCGCCAAUAUCCAUGGGGUGUGGUGGAAGUGGAGAACCCCAGUCACUCUGAUUUCUUAAAGCUGAGGAACAUGUUGGUGCGCACACACAUGCAGGACCUAAAGGACUUGACGCGGGAAACGCAUUAUGAAAAUUAUCGCGCUCAGUGCAUCCAGAAAAUGACCCAAAUGGUGGUGAGGGAAAGGAAACGCAGUCUUUGUAACCAGCUGAGAGACAGUGCUUCAGACCUGCCUAUACCUCUGGUACCAGUGGACAUUGAAACUGAACGUCUCAUUUGGGAGAAGGAUGAGGAGCUGCGGCAAAUGCAGGAGGUUUUGCAAAGGAUUCAGGAACAGAUGCAUCAUGGACAUUAAAACAACACUGCAAAUCUAAGGCAACAGAUGUAUCUAUUAAUUUCAAUAUGGUCCUGAUGGACAUAUGUUUAGAGAUGUGUAAGGUUCAACAUGCAGGUAAAAUCUUUUUUUGUGUUUUGUAAACUGUAAUCCUGGAAAUUUAGAAAAAAAUAAUAUAUAUUGUGUGCAUGUAUAGCACAAUACUUUCAUUUUUAAAAGUUGUUGUAAAUAUGACCUGAUAUUGUAUUA